CACCUUGUCUCUGCUGCUGCAGAGCUUUCUCCCAGGAUCUCUGCCUCCUCUCUCUUUCUCUUUCUUGCUCUCAGAUUUGACGGUGAUAGGGAAGGCAGUGUGGUCUCUAUCGCUUUCACAUGCACACACUUACACGGGUGCAAGCAGUGUGUCAGAGAAGGGAUGGGGUAGUUGUUUGUCAGUCUGCAGUCCUGCAGUCUGUGGAAGGGAGGAAAGCGCCGGUUGUGUGCUGCGAAACCAACAUUGCUCACAGUGGAGUGUUUCUCCCAGUCUGCAGCUAACAACAACAGCAGCCACAUCAGUUUUUCAGAGCAGCACUCCCUCCCUCCCUUCUUCCUCCUCUUCCUCUCUCUUGCUCUUUCUCUCCCUCCCUUUCUGUCGCUCGCAUUCCUGCUCUCAACACCGCCGCCAAUGUAGCGUUCUGAGGUAGCAAGCAAGUAGCCAAGGCUUUAAUUCUUCUACCACAAUGACAAGCGGUGGACAGACAGCUGGAGAAAGACGGACAGUCCGGGAGAUCUGAGGGGAAAGUCAUUAGAUGGACAUCAGUUGGAUUUAACCCCCCUCCCCCUUUCAUCCCCCUGCCAGCCUCAUCCCUACAAAUCCUCUCCCUCACUCUCGCUCUCUAUCCAGUUCCACUGGCUCUCUUCAUGUAAGAUUACCAUCGGCUACUAGCACUAAAGCACCGGGCUGUCUGGGAGUGAGGGGAAGCUGAGGCUGACCCAAAACAGGGAAAAAGACUGCAGAGGAAGCCCCUGGACUGAAGCAUAAAAAACACGGUAAAAAAAACUGCAGAGGAGGGUUGCUACCCUGCCUGGCCUGUUUCUCAUUGACAGACACACACAGGAUGUACAGCUCUGGUCUGAAGCUUGCCACACCGUGGAUCAAUACCCUCCUGCCUGCCUUUUUCUUAUGCAUUUUUUCUCAAGGGAGAGUGAAGCAUCUUGGGAUUUACUGUAAUUUCGUUUCCACCUAACUACAGCGAGGCUUGCCCCGCCAGACAGCACUUUCACCUGACCGUGUCCAACCUGUGUGCGUAUGAGUGUGUCUGUGUUUGUUUGUGUGUGUAAUUAGUUAGCUUGGCGCCAGAGGGAGUGUAUAUUUGCUUACAUGUGCAUCCGUGUGAGCUGCUUGGCUUGUAAUUACUUGUAUGUGUCUGUGGGUGCCGUCUUGUGUCCAUGUGUGUGUGGGUAUAAAUGUAGGAAUUUUGUGUGGAUGAAUUGGUAUGAUGCCCAGUUCCUUGCCCCAUCCCCUCCCUCCUUCCUGCCCUUUUGUCAUUGGCUCGGUUUGACCCCUGACCUUUGACGGCCUCAGCAGGAUGAGUGAGCACUCGGGAGCGAGCACUCUGGGGGCCAUGACCCUGGAGGAGCUUGGGGGCGAACCGGCCUCCCCUCCGGCCCCGGGGCGUCUCCGCUGUGGGCCCUGUUCGGUGUGGCACCGGCAGCAGACCUGGAUGUGCGCAGUGCCCUUAGUGAUGGGCUUCGUGGGCCUGGGCCUCAGUCUCAUGCUGCUCAAAUGGAUUGUAGUGGGUUCCGUUCAAGACUAUGUGCCCACGGACCUAGUGGAUGCCAAGGGCAUAGGGCAGGACCCCAUCUUUCUCUCUGAACCCAGCGCUCCACCCAAGCGACCAGACACUAUGACCACGACUACGAAGAACACCGCUACCGCGUUUGUCUCCACCACCUCUCUAGCGGCCGACGGCACGGUCCCAGCCCCGAGAACUCAAUUUGGGUUGCCUUCCAACCACUCGGUCCCGCACCUCCACAACUGGGUUGGCAGUGGCACCCGCGUGACUGGCGCCACCACCCGCAUCACACGACUCCCCCCGCCUGGGGGUAAAGAAGUGACCCCACACAGCACCACGGUACUUCGGGUCGGUGGCACAGCCAAUGGUCGUAAGGAUAAGGACCCCCCGAACUCGCGAUUCGGUCCAACCUCCAAAGCUACUAGCACAACUUCGACUGCCAACACCACAAGCAAGGCACUACCACCAACUUUUCCACCAUCUCCCCCAGCCAAGCCCACCGGGCACUGGAAACCUGGACGCUCUGCGAAAGGGCCCGCCACACGCCCUCACCACCGCUACAGAACACUGGCUCCCACAUCCCCUAGUCUGCGUUCAGAUAUCUUCAAGUCAUGCAUCGACGACAAGGACCUGGCCUUCUGCCUGAAUGAGGGCGAGUGCUCCAUCAUUGAGACAGUAGCAGGAGUACACAGGCACUGCAGGUGUAAAGAGGGUUACCACGGACUACGCUGUGACCAGUUUGUACCCAAGACGGACUCCAUCUUAUCUGACCCAACUGAUGAACUGGGCAUCAAGUUCAUGGAAAGCCGUGAGACUUACCAGAGAAAGGUCCUGUCCAUCUUCAGCAUUGCCUCAGGGAUCUGUUUUCUCGGAGUGGCAUGCAUGGCUCUCUAUCGCCGCAACAAGAGACACAGGGAAAAGCUCCGGGCACACUUCUUGGAGAGCCGGAAUCUGAGGGUGUGCAGUAUCAAUGCCUCUAGGUUCAUGUCUAAAUCCAGCCCAAGGCCUCAGUGUGGCUGGCAGCUUCAAAAGUGCUACAAAUCUCAUGGGUUCUCCCCUCCUCAAGGGUGCAGCAGUCUGUCAGCUGGCGCACCAACAGCAGCUCCACCGACUCUCAACAGAGCACUCCCCAAAGGGAAAAGCUUCAGGAGUAGCUCCCUCAGUCCAGCCCAAAGACACCAGGACACUCAUCACUUCAAGACCCUGCAAAUCUCUCGAGGACCAAGGGUUGCUGGCCCCGCCCAUAAGCACCUGCAAGAGGUAGAGUCUACAGAGAUGGAGGCGGAGUCUUUAAGAGGGUUUGACACUGGGAGGGAUGGUGGUGACGACCGCCAGCGCAGCAGGUUCCAGAAUAUGCAAACCCUGUCUCGUUCAGCGUGGAAGAAAGAUUGGAGGGAGGUGCCCUACACCCGUCUGGACAGAGGACUAAAACCUGCUCCUCCCUCUCUCCCCACACGAUCGGUCCCCAUCAUCCCCUCUCUCCAGGGACACGGCCGUGAGGAGGGUCACAUGGAUGAGACCAGGCAGGGGGUCUCGCAGGGAGGGGGUCUCGCUAGGCCAGGUCACAAGCCCCAAGGACCUGCCAAUGGCAGCAGCCACACCCCCCAUCACUCAACCACCUCUUCCUCUGAGACUGUACUAGAAUCUGAGGCCAGAUCCAGUCAUGUGCGUCCCUGCGGCGUUAAGACUGUACUGGGGUUAGGGACAAGCCCUCGCCACGUGCACCAUGGCUCCUCUGAAACGCCAGUAGGUCCAGGGGGCUCGUUCCAACACUCCGGGACUGCAGCAUCCAGAUCAGGUGUUCCCAGGUUGAACAGCAGGAACACUAUUAUUGUUGUGACCGUGCUGGAGUCCGAGGGAAAGAACAUGCGGUAUACACCCAGAUUGCUAUACAGCUGUCCCGGGAGCAGGGGUCCUCAGGCAGGAGGCCAAAGGGAGGCCCAGGGGCUCGGGGAACAAUACGCCCCCCCACUCCUGAUGGAUGGAGGGGCAAACUGCUUCCUGACAGCAGUGGUGAGCAGAGGUGCUGGAAUUGAUUAUGCCAAAACUUCUGCCAGCUGAGUGGACUAGAUCUUGCCGACAGGUGUGGUGAUAUUGAUGAUUUGUCGCCGCAGAUGGUUUGUUUACAUAGCAGGUUAGGAUAAUUCAUGUUGGGACAGGGAUGUGCAAAUAUGACAAAAUACAAUUUCAAAAUACCAUAAAGAACAACGUAUGAAAAUAAACUACAAAAUACUUAUAUUUUGAAAUGUAUUUAAUUAAAAUAAAUGUAUUUUGUAUUUUAAAAUACAGAAAUACAUUUGCAAGUUGCCGGACGGAACAGCAACAACAUUCUCAGUAACGGUUACAGAAACAUUUGACUUGCUAUGACUGUGAUACGCUGUUGUUUAUCAACAUGAGUUGAAUGCACUGACUGUAAGUCACUCAGGAUAAGAGUGUCUGCUAAAUGACCAAAAUAUAAAUGUAUAUGUGAAAAUAAACAUACCAAAGCACACUAGGUAUUUACUAUUGGCCUUGUUUCGGGGCGAAGCUCAUUAGAGUAAUACUCAGCAUGCUUUUCAAUUGUCCAUUUGUACAUAUACAAUUAUAUUUUGUUAAUUUAUCAGAUGCUCUUAACAUACCAUAUUGCCAUCAGAAUUUUGAUACCAACGCAGGGUGAAAGGGUGCCACAAAAUUGUGAACCGCUAUAAAAAUAAUUGUACAGAAAUAAGUAUUUUGUCAGUUGAAAAUACAAAUUAUUGCUCGCAACAGUAUCUUGUUAAAACAUACAUUGGAGUGCAGUUCAGCCCAGUGUAAUACAAAUUACACAAAAUACACAUUUCAAAUACAUGUAACAGAAAUACUGCCCAUCUCUGGUUGCAGGUUAGGUGAAUUAACGUGGUAGGUUAGAAUUAACACAGCAGGUUUGGUGAAUUAAUGUGGCAUGUUAGGAGAAUGGGGUUAAGGUUAGGAAAAAGUGUUAGGCAUAGCUACAAUGCUACAGUUGUCAACAACUCUUGUCCCUGACGUGGCCACUAAUUUGCGCUCUAGUCCUCCAUCUGGCCACAAUGGUAAAAACAUAAACAAUAUCUGGUGACAAAUCAUCAGUAACAUGACAUCUGCAGGGAAAGAUUCCACCCACCUGCAUCGACAACAUGAGGGGAGUGGGACCACCUGCCUAAAAAAAAAUUGGACCAAUCACAGAUUGCCCCCGUUUUCUGUAAAAGAGCCACAGCAGCGUGGACUGCAGAGAGGAAUUUAUUGAUACAUUUAAGACCUUGAAUUAUUAAGAAUACACACACAGUCUAUGUGAAUAAUGUGAAACAAUGCAGACGGGCAUAAAGACUGGAGUGGGAGAUUGAUUUAAAAGUGUAUAAAAUAAUAUAUACAUGAUCUAUAUGGCACUAUCUAAACAACGCUUCUACUUAGAAACCAAAAUAGUGUCAUCGCUAUGUUGUUUCUCUAUUGUAAAGAAAUCUAAUUGUAUAUGUCAUAUAUAUAUAAAGUGAGGAGAACAAGUAUUUGAUACACUGCUGAUUUAGCAGGUUUUCCUACUUACAAAGCAUGUAGAAAUCUGUCAUUUUUAUCAUAGGAACACUUCAACUGUGAGAGACGGAAUCUAAAACAAAAAUCCAGAAAAUCACAUUGUAUGAUUUUUAAGUAAUUAAUUUGCAUUUUAUUGCAUGACAUAAGUAUUUGAUAACCUACCAACCAGUAAGAAUUCCGGGUCUCACAGAUCUGUUCGUUUUUCUUUAAGAAGCCCUCCUGUUCUCCAUUCAUUACCUGUAUUAACUGCACCUGUUUGAACUCGUUACCUGUAUAAAAGACACCUCUCCACGCACUCAAUCAAACAGACUCCAACCUCUCCACAAUGGCCAAGACCAGGGAGCUGUGUAAGGACAUCAGGGGUAAAAUUGUAGACCUGCACAAGGCUGGAAUGGGCUAUAGGACAAUAGGCAAGCAGCGGUCUGAUUAGACCAAAAAGCUCUAUUUCUCAACUCCACCCGCCGUGGUUGGAGGAAGAAGAAGGAUGAGUACAACCCCAAGAUCACCAUCCCAACCGUGAAGCAUGGAGGUGGAAACAUCAUUCUUUGUGGAUGCUUUUCUGCAAAGGGGACAGGACGACUGCACCGUAUUGAGGGGAGGAUGGAUGUGGCCAUCUAUCGUGAGAUCUUGGCCAACAACCUCCUUCCCUCAGUAAGAGCAUUGAAGAUGGGUCGUGGCUGGGUCUUCCAGCAUGACAACGACGCGAAACACACAGCCAGGGCAACUAUGGAGUGGCUCCGUAAGAAGCAUCUCAAGGUCCUGGAGUGGCCUAGCCAGUCUCCAGACCUGAACACAAUAGAACAUCUUUGGAGGGAGCUGAAAGUCCGUAUUACCCAGCGACAGCCCCGGAACCUGAAGGAUCUGGAGAAGGUCUGUAAGGAGGAGUGGGCCAAAAUCCCUGCUGCAGUGUGUGCAAACCUGGUCAAGAACUACAGGAAACGUAUGAUCUCUGUAAUUGCAAACAAAGGUUUCUGUACCAAAUAUUAUGUUCUGCUUUUCUGAUGUAUCAAAUACUUAUGUCAUGCAAUAAAAUAAAAAUUAAUUACUUAAAAAUCAUAAUGUGAUUUUCAGGAUUUUUGUUUUAGAUUCCAUCUCUCACAGUUGAAGUGUACCUAUGAUAAAAAUUAUAGACCUCUACAUGCUCUGUUAGCAGGAAAACCUGGAAAAUGGCAGUGUAUCAAAUACUUCUUCUCCCCACUGUAUGUCCUAUAGACGUAUAUAUACUGAAUAUUUGACAUGACAUCUUGACUAAAUAAAGACAACGACUACAGUGUUAAA